AUGGAAGAAGAUAAUCGUUAUGACCAAAACACCAUGGAUAUGGCACUAGAUCAGUUAACCGAAGAUACAAUCCGCCAUAUCAUUCAAUUCCUUCCCACUAAAUCCGCCUUUGCCAUGAGUUUUCUUUUCAAGCAAUUUGAAGGUGCAUGGUCCUUCCACCCAGUAAUAGAUCUCGACGAGUGCAAUCCACAUUUUAAUAACUACGACGCAUUUGAAGAUAGGAAUUUCACCAACAUCCUGACAAGGUACUUGAAGUUCCGGGAGAAUGACCCUCGGCCUCUGGACAAAUUUAGGCUUCGUAUGGAGAUGAACCAGAUCAGAGAGGAGAUUUUAGAAAAUUGGUUGAGUUUUCUAGCUAAGAGAAGCAUCAAAGAUUUAGACCUCAGCCUUAGAACUGCACCUUCCACGAUAGCGAAAGGCUGCAAUUACUGCUUACCCUCGACACUUCUUUCUCAGAUGAAGUCUAUAGUUUCCUUAAGUCUCGAUUACGUGAGCUUAAAGGCUGAUGGUACUAUGGGUAGCAUACAUCUUCCUUCUUUGAAAACUAUGUCCCUAAAAAAUAUGAGUUUUUUGGAUUGGUUGGUUCUGUCAGAACUACUUAGGGGAUGCAGUUCUAUUGAGAAUUUGUCUAUAACUUCAUGCUCUAGGCAUGCCCUUCAGAAUAGUGAUGUAGGGCUUGAAGUUUCAAAUUCUUCUCUCAAGACUUUGGAUAUCAGGGAUUGCAACCCUAACCAUGUUGAUGUACUUCAAUCCAAGAAUCUUGAAUAUUUUACCUUGGCUUCAAACUAUCGAGGGCUUCUACGUGCGACUUUGUUUGAAGCCAAGAACUUGAAAUACAUAAACAUCCGUGCGCAAUUCCUGAGCCGCAUUGUUUUAUUUCAAUGCAAUGUUCGUAUGAAGGCCACAAUUGAUACUCCAAAUCUUCAACAUUUUGAAUUCAAUGGUUUGAAAUCCUACAAUGUGCACAAAGUUAUUCAUGGAGGACUUUUGCAAAAGAGAUUGAGUGAAGCAAUGGUUGAAGGUCUAAGAACUGACAUUCUAGCUUUCUGCUGUGUUGCAAGGAAUUCUGAUUAG